GCCAAGGGUGUGUGCCCAGCUGGGAAGGGUUUGUCCAGAACCUCCCUGGCCGGGAGGACCCGGCACCAAGGCCAACCUCGGGUCCGGCACCCACCGGAGCGCCGGGCGGUGGUGGGCACUGACCAGGCUCCCCAGGGCAGUGGGCACGGCCCCGAGGCUGCCAGAGCUCCAGGAGCCUUCGGACAGGGGAAGACUUCGGGGUGUCCCGUGAAGGACCAGGAGUCGGACCUGACGAUCCCCGCGGGUCCUUCCCAACUCGGGAUACUCUGUGAUUCCACGGGCUCAGGCACCUCCGCCCAACGGACGCGACCGGGUGCGCGCUGAGGCGCCCCGGGGACGGGGGAAGGUUCUGGAAGACCCCAGGGUUGGUACAGUAGGCCUCACUAAACUUAGCUGCAACUAAGAAUUUCUCCUACAUCAACUGAGUUAAGGCUGAUGCUCUUGUGGAAUGUGGAUUAAAAGUGCGUGCUAAGUUCCAAAUUCCCAGUUGAGAAGCGGAGAAAGUAAAUGUACCACUGCCACCAGCAUCAGGACAGCAAACCAAGGGACAAAGAAUUUGAGCCGCGGUGUUGCUCUUUGUUAACUGGCUCACGUGGUGCUUAAGAGACGUUGGCUGGGGGGCGAGAAGUGGACGCCAGCCGGUUACAAACAUGAGGGCCGCCCUGGAGACGGCAGACAUUGCCAUUGUGGCCCUGUACUUCGUGCUGGUCAUGUGCAUAGGUUUCUUUGCCAUGUGGAAGUACAAUCGGAGCACCGUGAGCGGCUACUUUUUGGCAGGGCGUUCUAUGACCUGGGUAGCGAUCGGUGCCUCUUUGUUUGUGAGCAAUAUUGGAAGUGAACAUUUCAUUGGGCUCGCAGGAUCCGGAGCGGCGAGCGGAUUUGCCGUGGGCGCGUGGGAGUUCAACGCCUUAAUGCUUUUGCAGCUUUUGGGAUGGGUCUUCGUCCCCGUCUACAUCCGGUCGGGAGUGUACACCAUGCCCGAAUACUUGUCCAAGCGUUUCGGAGGGCAUAGGAUUCAAAUCUAUUUUGCAGCGUUGUCUCUAAUUCUUUAUAUCUUCACCAAACUCUCGGUUGACUUGUAUUCGGGGGCGCUUUUUAUCCAAGAGUCGCUAGGUUGGAACCUCUAUCUGUCGGUUAUCCUGCUUAUCGGAAUGACGGCGCUCUUGACUGUGACCGGAGGGCUGGUGGCCGUCAUCUACACAGACACCCUUCAGGCCCUGCUUAUGAUUAUCGGUGCCCUCACGCUCAUGAUCAUAAGCAUCACGGAGGUCGGUGGGUUUGAAGAAGUUAAGAGGAGGUACAUGUUGGCGGCGCCGAACAUCACGUCCAUCCUGUUAACCUACAACAUUUCCAACACCAACUCCUGCAACGUCGACCCCAAGCCUGACGCUCUUAAAAUGUUGCGCGAGCCGACGGACGAAGACAUUCCCUGGCCCGGAUUCCUACUGGGACAGACCCCGGCUUCCGUCUGGUACUGGUGUGCCGACCAAGUCAUAGUCCAGAGAGUCUUAGCCGCGAAAAACAUCGCUCAUGCCAAAGGCUCCACCCUGAUGGCGGGUUUCCUAAAGCUGCUGCCCAUGUUCAUCAUCGUCGUCCCGGGCAUGAUCUCCCGGAUCCUGUUCGCGGAUGACAUCGCCUGUAUCAAUCCCGAGCACUGCUUCCAGGUCUGCGGGAGCAGGGCCGGCUGCUCCAACAUCGCCUACCCGCGGCUGGUGAUGAAGCUGGUGCCGGUGGGGCUGCGGGGCCUCAUGAUGGCCGUGAUGAUCGCCGCGCUCAUGAGCGACCUGGACUCCAUCUUCAACAGCGCCAGCACCAUCUUCACGCUCGACGUCUACAAGCUCAUCCGGAAGAGCGCGACGUCCCGGGAGCUCAUGAUCGUCGGGAGGGUCUUCGUGGCGUUCAUGGUGGUGAUCAGCAUCGCCUGGGUGCCCAUCAUCGUGGAGAUGCAAGGCGGGCAGAUGUACCUGUACAUCCAGGAGGUCGCGGACUACCUGACCCCGCCGGUGGCCGCCCUGUUCCUCAUGGGGAUCUUUUGGAAGCGCUGCAACGAGCAGGGGGCCUUCUACGGCGGCAUGGCCGGGUUCGUGCUCGGCGCCGUCCGGUUGAUACUGGCGUUUAUUUACCGCGCUCCGGAGUGCGACCAGCCGGACACGAGGCCGGGCUUCAUCAAAAACAUCCAUUACAUGUAUGUGGCCACAGCUCUGUUCUGGAUCACCGGGAUCGUGACCUUCGUGGUCAGUCUCCUGACCCCUCCGCCCACGAAGGAGCAGGUCCGGACCACCACCUUCUGGGCCGUGAAGAACAGGAGCGUCAAGGAGACGGCGGCCAAGGGGGAGCUCUACAAGGCGCAGGAGAAGAGCAUCCUCAAGUGCAACGAGAACGCCAACCACAUCAUUCCCAACGGCAAAUCCGAGGAGAACCUGAAAAACCUCAAGCCGGAGGACAUCAACCUCCUGGUGACCUGCAGAGACGACAGCAACCCGGUGAUCUCGGUGAGCCACUCCGAAGUCGAGACGCCGGUGGAUUGUUACUCCAACGGCCAGGCGGCUCUGAUGGGCGAGAAGAAGCACGAGGAGGAGACUGAGGACCCAGAGAGACAUUUGAAAUUCAUAGAUUGGUUCUGUGGCUUUAAAAGUAAAACCAUGACCAAGAGAGCUGUUCGGGAGGUCGAGGAAGAGACUGUUUGUUUACAAAUGCUGGAAGAGACUCCAAAAGUUAAACUAUUACUAAAUACUGGACUGGUCUGUGUGUGUUCGCUUGGAAUAUUCAUGUUUGUCUACUUCUCUUUGUGAGUGAAUAGUGAACUUUUAAGGGUAUGGCUGAACAUACAGAAGUUGAUACAGGUCUCUGGAGAUUGGUUUUCUUUUUCCUGUUUGUUUUUUUUUUUUUUUUUUUUUAAUUUCAAACAACAUAACCACAACCCAGGCAUUGUUUACGCUAUAAUUGUAAGAUCAACUCAGCUUUAGCCUAUUUCCAGACCAUUUGAGACGUGUUGUCCUCUCUCUGCUCAAAGCAGAACCUGUCCUGUGGUGGCUUUUUUUCUUUUUUCCCUUUUGUGUUUUUUUUUGUUUUUUUCUUGUUCCAUUUGCAGUACUAACCUUUUGUUUUUAUGUGUAUAAAUAUACCAAAGGCAGGCAGGUGGCUGUGUUUGAAGUCAGGCAGUUCCAGCUCAGUCAGCAUUAAGAUAACGAGUAAUCAUUUACCAGUGUGGAAAAUCUAAACGAUCAAAGCUGUGUCAAAAGGUUUUUAAAUGUAGAGCUGCGAUGCACAUCCUGUAAAAUAACUGUAUUCCCUUGGCCAACUUAGCACUUCUUAAUUUUGCUCACUGCUUUCAGUUGUUUUUAUUUUACUUUUUUAAUUCAAUUUCUCUUAUAGCAACAACAGGGAGUUAUUUUGUUUCAUUUUAUAGCACUUAAAACAUGAUAGUUGUUAGUAGCUUUCUGUUUUUAUUUUUUUCUUUGUAAGAGAAGUUUUGACUUUUGAUUUUUUUUUUUUUUUAAAUCCACUGUAAAUUCCAGUACUGAAAAAUCGCUGUAUUUGAAGGGAAAAAAAAAAAAAGAGGGGAAAAAAA